AUGACGAACCAGGAAGCAGAAAGUGGCAGGAACCAGAGGCCGGGCGUGACCUUCAAAGGUCUGCCGCCAGUCACCUACUUCCAGCGGCGGCAACGUAGCGGACGGCCGCGGCUCUCUCCACCUGUCACCCUGGCCCUUCUCUGCUUGGACGGUGUCUUCCUCUCCUCGGCCGAAAAUGACUUUGUCCAUCAGGUCCAGGAGGAGCUGGACCGCUUCCUGCUGCAGAAGCAGCUGUCCAGGGUCCUUCUUUUCCCCCCCCUCUCCAGUCGCCUGCGGUACCUGAUUCACAGAACAGCGGAGAAUUUUGACCUCUUGAGCAGUUUCUCUGUUGGGGAAGGCUGGAAGAGGAGGACAGUCAUCUGCCACUUGGAUAUCAGGGUGCCCAGUUCAGAUGGCCCUUCUGCUUCUGGUCCCUGCCGCCCUUCUGCUUCUCAUUCCAACAAGUACCGUGGUCCACGAUACAUCUCAAACCAGGGAGCAGCUGCUGGUCCCCGGGGGGCACGGGCCGGCCGAUGGCACCGUGGACGCAAGCCGGACCAGGCUUUGUAUGUGCCCCGGGUGCGACGUAGGCCAGAAGAUUGGGCAGCACCGUCCACCUCGGGGCUGACCUCAGGAGAGGCUCCAGCUGUUGAAGGCUCUGAAGAGCUGGGUGGGUAUGGUGCUGGGGACCCUGACGCUGCUCAGGGGCUCCUGAAAUUGAUAACUCAGGGAACAGAGGACCUGAAGGGCCCAGACACAGCUUGUAAGAAUGAGUCACUGCUGGAGCUGGAUGCCACUGAGCUGUCAGGGCCUGAGGGUCCGUCUGAGAAGGGACAGAUGGUGGAGACAGCCACACAGCCUGAGUCCAGCCUGCAGCUAGCCCUGGAGGAAGGGAAUAUGAGUCAGCUGGAACAGAGCCUGGUCGACCAAGACAAGAUAGAAGGAGAGGAGGAAGAGAAGACGGAGAAGGAGGAAGAGAAGGUGGAGGAGGAAGGAAAGUUGGACAAGGAGGAAAAGAAGACGGAGGAGGAGGAGGAAGAGGACCACAAUGAUGAUCACAGUGAGCUGCUGCAGGAGAUCACAGCCAACCUGACCGAGAAGGACGUUGAGAUAGAGAGGGUCCACCUGGACACGUCCUCCUUCGCCGAGGAGCUGCCUGGGGAGAGGGACUUGGCCCAUGUGGUGGAGAUCUAUGACUUCGAGCCAGCACUCAAGACCGAGGACCUAGUGGCCAACUUCUCUGAGUUCCAAGAGAAGGGGUUCAAGAUCCAAUGGGUGGAUGACACUCAUGCCAUUGGCAUCUUUCCCUGCCAGGCCUCAGCCGCCGAGGCUCUGGCCAAGGAGUUCUCUGUGCUCAAGAUCCGGCCACUCGCGCAGGGCAGCAAGCAGUCCAAGCUCAAAGCCCUGCAGAGACCAAAGCUCCUGCGGCUGAUGAAAGAGAGACCACAGACAGAUUCGGCCGUGGCCCGCAGGCUGGUGGCCCGGGCUCUGGGACUCCAACACAACCGAAAGAAAGAGGUGCCUGUGCCCCAAGUCUCCUGCCACCUUGAGGCCCCGGACCCAACCGAGUAGGCUGGGCUUCUGAUACCGCGGGCCGUUACAGACGCCAGGACCGCUCCUCACCUCUGCUGCAGCUACCCUGUGGGGCAUGGUAGGCUGUAGCUGAUCUAGUCCCUAAAAUUGAGAAAUAAAGAAAAUUUAAAGUUG